CCCAGGAAUGGACGGGUAGCCACUUGUAUGAUCGGCGCGGAACGAAGUACAAGCAGUCGUACACGUCCCUCCUCCAUGAAGGUGCCCAGGAGGACGAAUGCCUCCCCCUUGUGGAUCUCACAUUUGGCCUGCGGAGCGGGAGCCCAUCUUCAGCGACGCGCACUAUGAUCGUCAACCCUUAUCCUGACGACGACGCGGGACAGGUGACAUUGGUCGGCAGGGCCACGAGGGGUGGUACUGUGCCUCAGGAGACGUCGGAGAGGACGAGGGAGCGGCCUAGAGUGCAGGCGAGUUGUGCCCCGUCAGUUCCACGCAGCACCGGCGGUCGUCCUGUGUGGAUGAACCUAACCCCGCCUGCGUUGUCCGAGGGCCGCGACGACGUUCGUCGUGCCGUUGAACGGGGUGUGACUCAGGAAGACUUCCCUUUCAAGGGCGCGCAUGGAGAUGGCAGGCAGGUGUGGAAGGACUCGAGGCAGGAGUUGCGGCGACAGCGAGAAGAGUCAAUAACGCAAGGUGUGCAGCGAUUGCGUGUGGGCGAUCAGGGCGCGCGAGCAGACGGGCCUGGCGGGGGUGGGGACGUGUGGACAGACGGUGACGAAAUUGAGUGCGACGCUGAGGACGACGUCAGCGGUGACGUGCUCCCGUUGCGUGCGCCGAACAUGGGAGGCAGGGGCGGCAGAGGCAGGGCUUCCACGACUACUGGGCGAGGGCGGAAGAGGUCGUCGGCGACUGCAAGUGAUGUGGAAGACAAAUGCGGGAAGAAAUGGGAUAACCUCAUGCAACAAUUCAAAAAGAUCCACAAUUUCAUGGGCAUGUCGAGGAAGGAGGACUUCUUCCAGUUGACAAGUCAGCAAAGGGGAGAUAAAGGAUUCAGCUUCAACAUGGAUCGGGCCGUCUACGAGGAGAUCAAAGGGGUGAAGAAGAGGAGCCACACUAUCAUCCCCACCAAUGUUGCAGACACCGGUGGCGCAGGAGGUGUGCAACUCCCAUCUGCACAGUCGGCGACUCUAGAAUCUGUGGGGGACGGGGAUGCCGCGGGAGAAGGCAACGACGAAGACGACAACUCAGCGCGGGGGGGGUCAGAGUCGCCUGCAAGUCCGGCCGGUUUCGGAAAGAGGAAAAACGUGCGGCAACAGACAUUCGAGGCCCUGAGCGAGUGCAUGGACAAGCAUGGGGCGUUGAUGGAGUCAACGAUGGAGAGCGCGAGCAAGAGGCAAUGCGACACGAUGGAGAGCGCGAGCAAGAGGCAAUGCUCCAUUCAAAUUCGGCAGUGUGAAGCUAUGGAAGCGGAGGUGGAGGUCCAGAAGCAACACUGCGCUGCGUCUAAUGAAGUUAGCAAGCUCAUGUUGGGGGAGACAUCAAGCGAAGAAGGCGAAGGCAUCACGCGGCGGGCUCUGGUGAUCAGGAGGUCCCCGCGGGAAGACUGGGUGACGAAGGCAAGCAGCGGAGAGGAUGACGAUUUCGAAACCGGGGAGGAGACGUUUCACGGAAGGAAAGGGACCUUGCGUGAACAGUCCAUCACGCGAAUGGUGACCGAGGUGGAAGGCGUCGACGGUGGUAAAGAUGGGGCUCGUGGGGUUGUGCGUGCCAGGGAUGAGGGGGGCGGCGACAUGGAAGGCGAUGUUCCAGGCAGGGACGAGCGCGGGCAGCAGGCGACCCCUGCCAUGCGCAACACCAUCUCGUCGAAGGACGUCCACGUCGCCCAAGAAAGUGAUAGACAGGCGCCAAUGCGGGCGCCUUCAAACCCGGCGACGCCCGCAUCAGGACAGGCUCGAAGGGAUGAAGGGGCGGCGGCGAUUGCGGCGGCGAGGGGACAGGUGACCAUGCGAAAUCCCGCGAAGGAUGCCGUAGUGGUGGCUGGCGGUGGAGAUACAUCGGCGGGGGGCGUGGGGGGCGGUGGUGGCGACGACCGUGUUGAUGCUGCUGACGACGAUCCCCUCAUCAACAGGCAGAGGCGCUCCGUCGCUCCGCCAAGUUUGGAGGUGAAAGCAAGACUGUUCGUGAACGAUCUGCGUUUCUGGAACGAAACGGAGGGCCACGGGAUGUUCAAGAUCAUCCAGGAGACGCGCUUAUACCUCGUUUCCAUUGCCAAGGGUGUGAAGCCGCCUGAGAUCAGGAAAUCCGUCGUCAUGCCAAACUCCACGAUCCCUCUACAGAAGCUGGAAGACGAGUCGGAGUUGGGGGCCGCCAAGGAGAGGGCGUCCUGGGUGCAGACCAUCGCUUUACACAUCAUCCAUGGGUGGAUCUUCAAGUCCCCCAGUCGCGCGCGUGGGUAUCACUGCUCCUACGGCUAUGUGCUCAACCACGUCGCCACAGAUCUCGCCCGCGCCAUCUGGUAUGGAAAGAACUGGCGGGUAUGUGUGAGUCCGGCGGUUGUCCAUAACACUUUGGAGCUUCAAAUGAAGCUUCCCAUCUGGUUCGUAGGUGGCGUCAUACAGGACAGGCACGAGGACGAUGAGAUGGCGUCGUAUCAGGAGUCUACAACGCAGCGUCUGGUGGGAGCUUUCACGAACGCUGUCGAUGUGUGGGAGGGUGUAGACGGCGGGCGGAUAUCGUACGACAGGCUGAAGAAUGUGGCACACGACAUGCGCCUUUUGUUGUCUGCCGCCAUGUGGGUGAUGCGGAUGGCGGGAGAUAAUCUCCGUUCCCACUAUGAGGCGUCUCAUCUCGUGGAGCUUAUUGCGAAACUGACGCUCAUUGCGUCGCUACAUCGCUCCUUCGACGCGCGCCGCCAUGUUCUCCAAUGUGUGAACGCAGUGACGGAGAAAAUGGGGAAGCCCCCCAUGACGUUGGUCGACCCUCCGAUGUACAUCCCCGACUGGGUAUCGUGUGGGGUUACGUUCUACAACGACGCGACGUUGACGACUCCUGAACACGCCAGGAGACUAGAUUGGUUAGGGACAGGACCGCCUGACGUCGAUGACGAAGAAGACGAGAAGGACGAUGGCAGAGAGCCGUGAACGUAGUCCUGAGGAGGUGCUUGGAGAGGCAGACGUGGUUCUUGUCGGCGCCGCGCUUUGCCGAACGCU